AUGUUUGUGGCGACCAAGCAAACGGAAGGCGUCAGCACAUCGGACAUGAUUGACAGGAUCGUCAAGGAUUACGACUUGUACGUGCGCUGCAAUCUAGCUCGGGGGUACUCCGCCUUGGGAACUGAACGUGUCGUUCCUAUUCAAGAGAAAGUUCUGUCUCCAGACAACAUCCGGACGUUCCUGCUGAUGCUCGCGGAGGUUUUGAAAAAGGCGGUGAGUAUCGUCGCGGCCCCGACUACGAAUAUCCGGAAGGCGGUGCAUCAUACGAGGAAAAUUCAUCGUACGGCUAUGGUGGAAGACCGUUCCGCGGCUGUGGAGGAUUCCGCGGACGUGGUGGUUUCUGUGGCGGUUUUCAUCGUGAUGGCCCACCGCACCACGGGGACAAUGAUGAAUGGCGUCGAUCAGGAGCCGAUGGCGAAUAUGAUUCACGCCGUCGUUCUGGAUCACGUGAACCAGGAAUCGAUAGAUCUCGACAAUUAG